AAGUGCCAGAAAGGGUCUACAGGAACUACUGUAGACCCUUUCUCCAACAGUACAAAAACUUCAACAAAAGUAUAGUAUCGGUUUUAGCUUAGCAAAAACCAUGAAUAUACUCGAAAAGUGAUUAUAGCAAGACAACAGAAGAAGAAAGGAAAAAAAAAUCAGUGAAAUGCAGAAAAUAUUAUAAAAAAACCAUGCUAAGUCUUUGCUGUGAAAAGAAGAAUAGGACAAUGGGAAACCCAAAUUUUCUCAAGAAUCCUCUGGUGAAAUUUCUCCUGGCCAUUGUUCUAUUUUCUCUUUCCUACAUUCUUGGAAUCCAUACUAACACAUUGAGCUCUACUUCUCCUGCACCUUCUCUACUCCAAAACCAGCAACUUUCACUCAGUUGUCUUCAGCAAAACUCCUCGUUGCCUGAUCUUGACUUUGGACCACAUCACAGGCUCUCUCUCCCUCAAGAACCCUUCAAAGAUCUUCCAUUCUUCAAUUUUUGCUCUCAAAACUUCACUCAUUACUGCCCUUGUCAUGACCCAAAUAGGGAAAUGCUUUUCUCAACUGAAAGAUUCUUCCAUCGAGAGAGGCAUUGCCAAGAACCUGAUAAGAAACUACGGUGUUUGAUUCCAAAGCCCAUUGGGUACAAGAAACCGUUUCCUUGGCCAAAAAGCAGGGACUAUGCUUGGUUCAAGAAUGUGCCAUUCAAGAAGCUGACUGAAUUCAAGAAAUCUCAGAAUUGGGUUAGAUUGGAAGGUGAUUUGCUGAUUUUUCCAGGUGGUGGGACUUCAUUUACUCAGGGAGUGAGGGGUUAUGUUGAGGAGAUUGCAGGUAUAGUGCCUUUGAAAUCUGGGAGUAUAAGGACUGUUCUUGAUGUUGGAUGCGGGGUAGCAAGCUUUGGAGCAUUUCUGAUGGACUAUAACAUAUUGACAAUGUCAAUUGCACCAGUAGAUAAACAUGAGGCUCAAGUACAGUUUGCAUUGGAAAGAGGGCUUCCAGCUAUGCUUGGUAUACUUAGCACCCAUCGGCUACCAUUCCCUUCAAGAUCAUUUGAUAUGGCUCACUGUUCAAGAUGCCUAGUGCAAUGGACUAAUUAUGGUGGACUUUAUCUGAUAGAGAUUGACCGAGUGCUGCGACCUGGUGGCUAUUGGGUAUUUUCUGGACCGCCUAUAAGUUGGAAGGUUAGAUUUAAGAAUUGGGAGACUCAAGCUCAGGACAUGGAAAAAGAGCAAAACAAAUUGGAAGAUCUUGCCAGGCGACUGUGCUGGAAGAAAGUUGCAGAGAGGGGGCAUAUUGCUGUCUGGAGAAAACCCACUAAUCAUUUACACUGCAUAAAAAAGUCAAAGACUUGGGAAUCUCCUCCUUUUUGCAUUAACAGUGAUCCUGAUGCUGGUUGGUACAUGAAGAUGGAAACGUGCAUUACUCCUCUUCCAAAUGUAACAGAUAUCCAUGAUUUUUCUGGAGGUGCUCUUUUAAAAUGGCCAAAAAGGUUGAGUGCUGUUCCUCCUAGGAUAAGAAGUGAAGGAAUUUCAGUCAGGGCCUACGAUAAGGAUAAUCAGUUAUGGAAAAGAAGAGUUGAAUAUUAUGGGAAAAUACUCGAAUCUCUCUCCAAAGGUAGGUAUAGAAAUAUAAUGGAUAUGAAUGCUGGCAUUGGUGGUUUUGCUGCAGCACUGAUACAAUAUCCAGUAUGGGUAAUGAACGUCAUACCUUUUGAUGCAAAGAAGAACAAUCUUAGCAUCGUGUACGAGCGUGGCCUUAUUGGAACUUACAUGAACUGGUGUGAAGUGUUUGAUACAUACCCGAGGACAUAUGAUUUGAUACAUGCCUAUGGUGUAUUCAGCAUGUACAUGAACAAGUGCAACAUUCUUGAUAUCCUUGUUGAAAUGCACCGGAUUCUUCGACCAGAAGGAGCUGUUAUAAUAAGAGAUGAUGUUGAUAUCAUUGUGAAGCUGCAAGGCAUUGCAAAUAGGAUGAGAUGGGAAAGCAAGUUUUUACAUAGUGAGAAUGGACCUUUUCAUCCAGAGAAAAUACUAUUGAUUGACAAUUCUAAGCAGAUAUUGCAUCCUACCAUUCUGUGAAAUAGCACCCAUUUGUUGGCAAGUGUAUAUUAGAUGCAUACAGUAGUUAUGAUCUUCACAAGCAUUGUUAAUAUGGAGGAUUCACUUGAAUAUAUAUCUAUAAUAUCCUUCGAGAUUU